ACAGAUGCCAUGAAUGCUUCAGAUAUAACAGCUGACAAGAGAAGGGAAGUUUGUUGGUGCAUUAUUUCAUUUUUCUGUACUGGCACAGUUGGAUCAAGACAGGCUGCUAUCCAACAGCUAAUCAUGGAUACAGUAGAAAUUAUCUUGUCCAUAUGCACAAGCAUCUACCAGAUGGCUGAGAAUGUGAAGGCCAACAAGGAGCGCUGCCAACGAGUCACACAGAGGGUCAAAGCCCUGCAGGAACUGGUUCUCACCAUCAAACAAAGGGGGCCGGGUCGAUGUUCUGUCCCCGUGGAGAACGCUUUGAAAGAACUCUGCACCACUCUGACGUCUGCCAAGAUGCUGAUGACGAAAUAUUCCCAAACCAAAGCUGUUAUGAGCUUUCUGAAGUCCGAAAGCCUUAAAGACCAGUUCUGCAAGAUGAAUGAAAGACUCACUGAUCACCUCCAGGUCCUGUCUGGGGCUCUGCAGGUCGAGCAGGGGAACAUACUGUACAAAGUGUAUGAAACUGUUGCAGGAAGGAAACAGGAUGAAGAGUAUUGCAGUGGACGAGCUAGUUUCACUAACCCCACAACUCCCAUGCCUCCCCCCAGCAUCAUGUCCCCCAUGCCAAUGUGUAGCCCCACAGCUCCUGUGCCUCCCCCCAGCAUCAUGUCCCCCAUGCCAAUGUGUAGCCCCACAGCUCCCGUGCCUCCCCCCAGCAUCAUGUCCCCCAUGCCAAUGUGUAGCCCCACAACUCCCGUGCCUGCCCCCAGCAUCAUGUCCCCCAUGCCAAUGUGUAGCCCCACAACUCCCAUGCCUGCCCCCAGCAUCAUGUCCCCCAUGCCAAUGUGUAGCCCCACAACUCCCAUGCCUGCCCCCAGCAUCAUGUCCCCCAUGCCAAUGUGUAGCCCCACAACUCCUGUGCCUCCCCCCAGCAUCAUGUCCCCCAUGUCAAUGUGUAGCCCCACAACUCCUGUGCCUCCCCCCAGCAUCAUGUCCCCCAUGCCAAUGUGUAGCCCCGUUGCUGUGCGCUACAUCAUGCCGCCCCGCCCGCUGUCUAUCCCCAUGGCUCCCAUGCCACGACCUGGAACCAUGGUCCCUGUGCUGUUCUCCAACACUGCUGUCUCCUCCACCAUGGCCCCCAAGCCUGUUCUUAGGAUCACUGCCCCGGUGCAAGCUCCUUUUGCCCCAGUGACUUUUUCAACACAAAAAACUUCUGUUGGAAGAAGUUGUGUGGUCAACAAAUUCUAUUGUCCUUAAAACAAUGGGAACGUUGAACUAGGAACUGUAAAAAGUUUUGGAAAAUGUUUCUGUGAAGACAAAGAGGGAUGGGCAGGAGGAAGCAGCACAACCCCUUCCCCCCAUUCCCAUGCCUGGUGUUGGUGGAGCCAAGGUCCCCACAGCAAAAUGCACUUACCCAAACAAAGUUAUUUGGUUUCAUAUUCAACUUUUUAGUAUUUGUCUUUUAAGGUUCUUUUAAUUUAAGAGAGACAGGGAACAAGAGGACAGAGAGCACUGCAGUGACAUGGUACUCUCCUUCAGGUCUAAGUAUGUUUGAAGAGAACUAGUCUGUACAAAGAGUAUUUACAUAUUCAUCCUUUAAAGAACUCUAAAUAUUCCUACUCCAAAUGUAAAUUAAUACUGUCAUUAAAACAAAUCUGAUAGGCGAUGACUCAAACUAUAUGCACAGAGAACAAUAAGUUAAAACAUGUAACAGAAAGAUUGUUCAUUAUGUAAGUACAACUCCAAUGUAUAGUUAUUAUGUGCAAUAACCUCUGUUCUCCUCUGAUUAUAAACAUGCAAAUCCA